AUGGCACCAAGGCCUGGCGAUUUUUGGGACCCUGCAGCGAAGAAGGUGCUCAUCUCGUCGCAUGCAGUGUUCGAUGAGAGCUGCUUUCCUGGAAACUCGCCCUUCAUCAAUGUCUUUGGCCUUCCCCUGGAUGAUGUGGAUGUCCCUGGUGCACCAGACGACGAGGAUGCAGACUCUGCGCCCCAGGACAAUGUGCCAGAUGUGCCAGAGCUGCAGGAUCAGGGGGGAGACAACGACUAUGAUGCUCCUGCACCUCCUGCACCACCAGCUCCACCUGCGCCUCCUGUGCCUCAAAUUCCGCCUCCUGCGCCUCAAAUUGCGCCCCCUGCGCCUCAGAGUCCACCUCCUAACAUCGCUCCAUCGCGCUCUCCAUCUCCUGACGUUGCAGAGCCCCAGUCGCGCUCUCAGAGCCCACCAGCACCUCCACAACUCCCUCCUGCACCAGUCGCUCCACAGGCUCCUCAGCCACCGCCUCCUGUGCCCAUAGCUCGUCCCCCUGCACCGUCUGUCCACCAGCCAGCCCAGGGUCAAGGCGGCUUCAGACCUUACCCAGCACUCGCUCGGAAACAGCUCCCAGCUCGCUCUACUCGCUACCAGGGUUCCCUCAAUGACAGGGACCUUGAACGCCAGAACCUCGUCGCUCCUCGCCACCGCAUUCGCUCUGUGUCCCCUGCUCCAGCUCCAGCUCCAGAAUCUCCUCGGAAUUCGCCCUCACCAGAUCCUCUAAUUGACGCACCAGUCGAUCCAGCUCCUGCUCGCAUGCUCGCCCCUCGCUCUACUACUCCUCCUCCAAGUCCCACAUCCUCAGACAACGAAUUGGACUGCAUAGGAAGCGACGAUGUGGACACUCUGCAGGCCAUGCUGGCAGGCAUUGGGUACGUCUGCUCUGCCCAAGUCGACAAUUUCCUGCCCUAUGACGAUGCCCUGGAGUUCGCAUUCAAGUCAGUGGUCCAGCACGCGUUCAAGGCGGACCAGGAGCACUUUGGAGAGCCCAAGUCGAUUGCUGAGGUCAUGCUGUUAGCUGCAGUGGGCCUCAGAGGGGUCACAAUGGCCUAA